GAUAAUCUUCUAGCUUCUUGCCUCUUGUCGUUCCUACUGCAGUAGUGUAUCAUCCUCCACGUCUCCACAAGAUAUCAUAGCGGGGGCGAAGUAGGAACUAGACUCUCUGCAUCGAUUCACGUCAAACCACGCGCACCAAUGUCGCAAGGACAUCCCGACACAAAGGACCACUCGCCGCUCACCUUCAACUUUCCCUCAUCAGCCAACUCUUUGGCGUCAGACAAGUCUUCUAAAGGGACGAAUUUUGGUGGAGAUAUCGAAAACCAGCAUCCCACGGUCAGUUCGGAUUCAAAAAUGAUCACGGACCCGCCUACCGGUCUGGCACAGAGGCAAAUGAGGAGGUUCGCAAAGAGCGCAGACAAGCGACAGUCCGUUCACAUGCUCGGAAGUAUCGAACACCUCCAACGCCAUUUCCUCAAGUUUGGCUUAGCUGCAAAAGAGGCACCCAGUGUCAAAGGGGCAACGCAGCCAGCUUUGGGUCACGCGUUGAGAUAUCCAGGCAGCUUCUCAACGACCCCUUGCACAACUCCUCCUCUUCCUCCUUCACCUCUCCUCCCGCCGACCGUAGCUCGUCCGCCUUAUCCGAUUGUCGAAAACAUCAAGAUCGAUUUAGAUAAGCUUCGGUCGGACGGCAGGGAAGCCAUUCGUACAGUCGAAGAGGCGUGGGGGUUGGGAGGGACAGAUACGGCGGAGGUGCUCAGAUCUAACGCUCACGGUUCACCAAAUCAGGUCGAUAUUCUGGAGCUGCUCAAAGCUUCCAUAGAUGCUAUUCGAUCAGUCCGAGCUUACUCGAUGGCCCUGCCGACCGCUAUGUUGCCGUCUUGUGGGUCAACAACGCAAUCGACGCUCAGAAUCCCGUCUGGUCAGGGUCGAAUCCGCCAAUCUCUGUCUACACCUUCUCGGCCGGCGCCGAGAUCGGUUUCAUCUUCCGGAUCUAUGCAAAGCGGUUCCAUGCCGGCUGUUGAUGAGGAUCCGUUAUCCGAGGUUAGAAAGGCUGCGCUAGAGGUCUUGACCGGGUUGCGAGCCCUUGAGGAGCGAUCGAGGGUGGUGGACAGCACUGCGUUGUCAAUGCAGCCAGAGAAUAAUCUUACCGAGACUGGGCCGCCAACACAAUCGCGAACGUCACAAGGAGAUGAUGAGCCAGAAAAUUCGCGGCUCGCCCCUCACACACGUGAUUUCGAUGAUCAGCCCCGUGUCACGGUCUCAAUCGACGAGAGCGAAGAAGAGGAAGACCUCUCAUUUUUCUUCCCCACUGAAUCGGAAGAUCAGACGGGCGUAGUGAAGGACUCUUGGUACAACCGCUUGAACGAUGCGGAUCGGCAAGGAUGGCUCUACAGGACGGACAUGACGAUCGAUCCCGACCUUCUGGAAGAGCGACGGCUGGUGAAAACUUGGCUACAAGCGGUCGACCGCCGAAUCUUCGGUCAUGGCAACGGGUCGAGAGGGAGCAACGUGGAUCCUCGUCGAAAUUCCAACAGCUCUGAUCAUGGUCUCGAGUUGGCGACUGAAGGAUUGACCUGGCUAGACCCGGAAAGGAACCCCGACCCUCUUGAGCGCACUCGUCAGUUCUUGGGACAUUAUCUUCCACUGGAUCUGCUUUCCCGUGUGCCGUCUCGUAACGAUGAAGAUCACAAAGACGCUCUUCUGGAUCGACUUUCUGAUGGCUACUUGUGUAUCAUCGCAUUCAAUGCCUUUCUGCAUCUGUCGCCUUCGCCUUGGGGAUUCGUGCCAAUGGACGAAGUUCACGAUAUCCUUGGUCUCGGCUCGACUACAAGAGAAGCGGCCUCGGUGAUAAACAGCAAGCGAGAAUGGACCUUCAGGCGAGCUGAAAACAUCCGGUGUUUCGGAGCAGCAUUGAAACAGCGUUAUGGCAUCCCCAUCAACUUUCCUUACCGCGCAAUCCCGCUGAAGCCGGCCGGAGUGCCGCUUGCACCAUCCAGUUCAUCGCAGAAAAAAGCCUCUGAGUUAUCAGCAGUCCAUAUGGAUAGCAAGAAAAAUUCGGGCGACGGCGUAGCCUAUGAUCCACUUGCCCUUGCAAGGCGGGAUCCUGGCUGGAAUCAGACGUUGCAGCGAGUUUUAGACUUGUGGCUCAGAAGUGUGUACAAGGAAUCUUCGCCAAAAUAGAAAAUUGUAUGCGAUGGAAGGUUUCAUUAUGGUUCAUGUGACAUGCGGUCUCGCGACU